CUCCUCUGUUAGUGAGAAGGAAAAGGUGGGAGGAUGUUACUCCCAUCCGCCUGAGCUUGACCCAAACUUAAUAGGCAGCUCGGAGACGUCUGACCGCACAGGUGUUCGCGCCGCCAGUGAAACAUGUUCUUGUUGGUCCUGCUCUGGAGCAGCUUUGGUCCUCCAGUAACAGCUUCCGCAGCACAUCGGGAUGCCCCCUGCUUUGUGGACGACUUGGUGGCAGCUCUCCGUGACGCCACGGGGAAAGACGGUGAACUUCUGGCCAGCAGCCCGGCUUCGUUUGGGAUCUGCAGCGAAUCCGACAGUUCGUCCCGAUCAGUCCUGUCAGAACUCAGCGUAGGAAUACAAAGGAACAACCGAAGAGGCCUGGAGGUUUUGGAUCCGGCUGCAGUGCUUGUGUCAGAUGAAGAUGAUCAGGAAAGCAUCGUGGUAACCUUUGACCUCCCGCAAUCCCAAUUGUUGGAGCUGAAACCGGUUCUGGUCUUAGCAUUUAAAAGCCCCGCUCCAGAUGGAGAGCUGGGCGUGACUUUCUCUAGUCAGUCUCUGCAGCCAAACACACAGUCUGCUUGCAUUUCAGGGAGGACGCUGUACAUCCUGCUAACAGGAAAAUCAUCUGAGGAAAAUGUGGAACAGAAGUGGAAUAUUUCUGUUCAGGCAAAAUCCCCCGGCACGAGACAAAACUUGACAGACGUGCUCAUUGGUGGAAAAUCAGGAAGCGACGUUCGCCUGACUCCGCUUCUGCUUUUCUCUGCAGAAACAGGAACCGAUACGAGACAUGCAAACAGGUCGGGCUCGUCAGCGGCCUCCUCCCAGACGACUUCCCUCUCCUUCCUGUGUGAGCUGAGACGCUUCCUUGAUGCCGGCCUGCCGCAGCAACACGCCGAGCCCCCUCUGCUGCGGCUCGACUCCCUGCAGUCCCUUCCUCCCCUGGCUCUUGGCCUUUCCACCAGUGAGGCCCUGCUGGCGGAGCUCAUUAACUCCUCUGCCCCGACUAUCUUUUCCUUCAGCAGCUGGAGCUCCAGCUUCCCGAUCCGUCCUGGCCAGCUGGCCCUCUCCCCUGCUCUGCUGGGGGAACUGGGACAGAGGCUGGAAACGAAUGAGGGGCAGAUGAGGGAGUUGAUAAGGCAGGGAAUGGUGCCUCACACAGCAUCGGAGAAGCUGGAGAGGCUGAAGCAGCUCAGUGCUUUUCAGAAGCAAGAUUCAUCAGCAGAAGGAGAGAGCCAGUACUGCGCUUUCCUCCUCCUGAAGGCCCUGCAGACGGUGACCCGUGCGUACAACAUACAGAGAAAGCUGAGGGCCACCAGAGCAGGCCCUUCAACCAGGGGCCCCAUCUGUGGGCUUGGGAGCCUCACUGUGUCCCUGGAAAAGCUCGUCUUGGGUCCCCAGAGUGCCGACCUCAACAACUGCCGCGGCUCGUGCGCGAUUCCGCAAAACAACGGCAACAACCACGCCGUCCUGCUCACCUACCACAUCGAGAGGGGGGACGUGAACGAGCGGGGGCCCUGCUGCGUGCCGCUGGCCUACGACCCCCUGGAGGUGAUAGACUGGAACGACGAGGGCAGCUUCCUCACAAGCAAGCCCAAUAUGGUGGCCAAGGAGUGCGGAUGUCGCUAAAAGUGUUUCGAAAUACCUGAACUAUGUUCUUCAGAGGGAAAUAAGAGUCGUGUUUUUUUAAUAUUAUUUUUUGCUGCAUGCAGUAUUUAAAUAGUGCCGUAAAUUCAUAUUAUUUACAUAGAUUUCUUUAGCUGUUACUUUCAAGUAAAUAUUGUACCAUGC